UCGGCACAAAUCGAACAGCCCUUCUAAGGGAUUUCAAACAUCUGUUUUUUACAAAUUGGAUAACAAACUCCAAAUUUUUUAUAAGGCAGGAUGAAUCAGUUAACUAGCAGGAUUGGCUCCCUCGUGUGCCAAAGCGUACAAAUAGCAGGUUGUGGUCUGCAGCAGGUGCGCACAAAAUACGCUGAUUGGCGCAUGAUACGCGAUGUCAAGCGACGUAAAUGUGUUGCCGAACAUGCCAAGGAACGUCUGCGAGUUAAUGCUCUACGCAAGAAUGACAUUCUACCAGCAGAGUUACGUGAGAUCGCUGAUGCUGAAAUAGCUGCUUUCCCACGAGAUUCAUGUUUAGUACGUGUGCGCGAACGUUGUGCGCUUACGUCACGUUCUCGAGGAAUUGUCCAUAGAUACCGACUGAGUCGCAUUGUUUGGAGACACCUCGCUGACUACAAUAAAUUAUCAGGUGUACAGCGUGCUAUGUGGUAAUGAAAAACUCCCUCGUAUGUUGCAAUUAAAUUUAAUUACGUAAAAUAAUUAUUAAAUAAAUAUAAACGGUCAAACUAAAA